CUCAAGGCUCGGACGAGUUGAAUGAUAUUGAAGUAACCGGUAGUACUCAUUCUAACACUGCCGUGGACCUAUUCUCUUUUCAACCCCUCUAUACCCGAAAGUAAAGUACAUUUGCAACAGAUAUGAUGCAAGCUAGUCUUUGGACCUUGGUGACCACUUCUGUCAAACCAGCAUGCAUCAAGCGUGUUGUACCAGGCUUGACAGCUGCACAGCAGAGGAGAUACGCUAGUACAGUAGAUGCAGACCUUGUAGUAAUAGGUGGAGGUCCUGGUGGAUAUGUAGCGUCAAUUAAAGCUGCCCAGCUAGGAAUGAAGACUGUUUGCGUAGAAAAGGGUGCAACACUUGGGGGUACUUGUCUCAACGUUGGAUGCAUCCCAUCAAAAUCUCUUUUAAAUAAUUCACAUUAUUAUCAUAUGGCACAUAGUGGAGACUUAAAAAAUCGUGGCAUCAAUGUUGAAAAUGUUAAACUAAAUCUGGAAAAGUUGAUGGAACAAAAGGUUAAUGUCGUAAAAGCUUUAACCGGUGGUAUUGCUGGUCUCUUUAAAAAGAACAAAGUUGAAUGGGUUAACGGCCAUGGAAAAAUUACUGGUCAGAAUCAAGUAACUGCACUUGGUCCAGAUGGUUCAGUUGUAAGCACGAUUAAUACUAAAAACAUUAUAAUAGCAACUGGCAGUGAGGUUACACCAUUCCCUGGUAUAGAAAUUGAUGAGAAACAGGUUGUCUCUUCCACUGGUGCUUUGUCGCUGAACUCGGUACCUAAGAGACUUAUUGUAAUUGGUGCUGGAGUCAUUGGGUUGGAGCUGGGUUCUGUCUGGCAGAGGUUGGGCUCCCAAGUAACUGCAGUUGAAUUUCUGCCAUCCAUCGGUGGAGCGGGUAUCGACGGUGAAGUCAGUCAGACACUACAAAAAAUUCUAGCCAAGCAAGGCUUGGCUUUCAAAUUGGGUACUAAAGUUACAGCUGCGAAACGUAGUGGCAGCGACAUCAUAGUUUCUGUCGAAGAUGCAAAGGAUCCCAGCAAGAAAGAGGACGUUCCAUGCGAUGUUCUUUUAGUGUGUGUUGGUAGGAGGCCGUAUACCAAUAACUUAGGACUCGAAGAUAUGGGAAUUGAGAGGGAUGAGAAGGGCAGAAUUCCUGUAAAUAGCAGAUUCCAAACAGUAGUACCUUCGAUAUUCGCCAUUGGAGAUUGUAUUCACGGACCGAUGUUGGCGCAUAAGGCUGAAGAUGAAGGUGUCAUUACGGUCGAAGGCAUCGCUGGAGGUGCUGUUCAUAUCGAUUACAACUGUGUACCUAGCGUAAUAUACACGCAUCCUGAGGUUGGUUGGGUAGGAAAAUCGGAAGAAGACUUAAAGAAGGAAGGUAUUUCCUACAAAAUUGGCAAAUUCCCACACUUAGCGAAUUCCAGAGCGAAGACGAAUCUGGACACGGAGGGCUUUGUUAAAGUUUUAGCUGAUAGCAAUACAGAUAAAAUAUUAGGAGUUCACAUGAUCGGUUCAGUAGCUGGUGAACUUAUCAACGAGGCUGUUCUUGCUAUGGAAUACGGAGCAAGUGCAGAAGAUGUUGCGCGGACGUGUCACGCACAUCCGACAUGUGCAGAAGCUUUGAAGGAAGCACACUUAGCUGCGUAUUUCGGAAAGCCCAUCAAUUUCUAAGUACCUCUACGAAAAACUCGAAAACCAUUACUGCAUAUUUCGACUCGUCGUAGCUUCGAUCUAGUCUACGCUCGAACGUCACGUUGCGCUACACAUUUGGCGUACAGGUUUCAUUAUCGUUUUAUCACAUGAGAACGAGAAGUUGUAAAUAAAACUGUAAAAGAAUUUAUGAAAGUAUGACUCCUUUUAUAUUAGAUUUACCUUUGUUUCUUGGUUAAUGUAUUUAUUAUUGAAUAAA